AUGCCAAUACCGUGCAAAGCAGGUUGUGGAAAAAAUGCCAUGCUAAAGCGUCCGAAAACUGGUGAUGCUUUAUGCAAAGAUUGCUUUUUUUGUGCAUUUGAAACAGAAGUUCAUUUCACUAUAACGAAAGCGGAAUUGUUUAACCGGGGCGACUCUGUGGCUGUGGCGGCAUCAGGGGGAAAGGAUUCGACGGUGCUCGCGCAUGUGUUAAAAACUCUUAAUGAACGUUAUAAUUAUGGAUUAAAUCUUAUGUUACUGUCAAUAGAUGAAGGCAUCACGGGAUACAGAGACGAUAGUCUAGAGACGGUGAAACGAAACCGGGACGAUUACGAAAUGCCUUUAAAAAUUCUUUCAUACAAAGAUCUAUAUGGGUGGACUAUGGAUGAAAUUGUUGCUCAGAUUGGUAGAAAAAAUAAUUGUACAUUUUGUGGAGUGUUCAGGAGGCAAGCUUUGGAUAGAGGAGCAGCUUUAUUGGGGGUUAAGUGUAUAGCCACAGGGCAUAAUGCUGAUGACAUAGCAGAAACUGUCCUAAUGAAUGUGCUGCGAGGAGAUAUUGCUAGGUUAAAAAGAUGCACGGCUAUAAGUACUGGCAGUGAGGGAACAAUACCAAGAGUGAAACCGCUUAAGUAUGCAUAUGAGAAAGAAAUAGUGAUGUAUGCACAUUAUAAGAAAUUGGUUUACUUCUCUACCGAAUGCGUCUUUGCACCUAAUGCAUAUAGAGGACAUGCAAGAGCCCUUCUUAAAGAUAUGGAGAAGAUAAGGCCAAGUUGUAUUAUGGAUAUUAUAUAUUCAGGUGAAACAAUGGCCGUAAAAGAUGAAGUGAUUCUCCCAACCCAAAGGACAUGCACUCGGUGUAAUUUUGUGUCAUCCCAAGAAGUGUGUAAAGCAUGUGUUCUUCUAGAAGGCUUAAACAAAGGCCUGCCUAAGCUUGGAAUUGGG